ACUACCCCUAUUUAUCUUCUUCAUCACUUCUCCCAAUCAUCCAAGGGUUGAAAUAUUUCUUAGAGAGAGAAAGUUAGAGAGAGAGAGAGAUCUGUAUCUUUUCUUCAUCAAUUCAACUCUUUCUGUCUAAAAGAUCUGUAUCCAUUUUUUUGUUUGAAUUUGAUCCGGUGAGUUUGAGAAGCAAUGGCGGUUACCAUGAAGCAGAUGUCUAUCAUAAUCUCAACCCUUGGGGUGCUUUCCUUCAUAUUUGGGGUUAUUGCUGAAAAUAAAAAGCCUGCAGCAGGCACUCCGAUAACAGGGACGAAUGUUGUCAUUUGCAAAUAUCCGUCCGAUCCAACUGUGAUUUUGGGAUAUUUGUCCGUUGCGUUUCUUGCCGUCUCCACCUUUGCUGGCUACUAUUCCCUAUUUUACCCCUACCAAGGAAAGUCUAUUCCACAGACGGCUUUGUUCAAAAACACGGGCUUCUUCGUCUUCUUCACCAUUGCCUUGGGUACAACUGGAUUAGCAGCGGCAAUGCUGUUAUGGCCGACAGUGACGGAGCAGUUACACCAGAGUCGUAAUGUUCACCACAAUCUUGAAACGGAGUGCCCGACGGCGAAAACGGGUAUUUUAGGCGGAGGAGCUUUUCUCUCUCUAGAUUCUUGCCUUUUCUGGUUGGUUGCUUUGAUGUUGGCUGAUAAUGCACGUGUCGAUUACUUUGGAGAAUCCGAUGAUAAGGUUGCAGGUGGUUCCGGUGAGCCUAUCAAGGCCACUGUUUAAGUAGUAAUUGUAUUAUUAUUAUUAUUAUUAUUACCUUCAGACUUUAAUGUUUUUUUUUCCAGUUACUGUUUACUAUGGACACCUGUGGGUUUUAAGAAUGAAGUGAAACUAUCACAAGUUGUAAAUAUUCAUCUUCUUUUAAUAUUACUUUAGAGUUUAGAAUUUUUUUUUAUAA